AUGAAUAAAAACCCAUUCCUUCCGACGCCUAGUUUUACGCCUCAACAGCCUCCGUUGCCUCCGGGACCACCUCCCACGCAAACGGGCCAGCCAGAUUACUCCGCAUGGUGGCCUGGCGCACAAGCACAUCAGCCGCAUGUACAACCUCCUACAGUUGGUGCAUACAAUCCCCAAUGGACUUCUCCGCAACCUCCCCGACCUCCCGCAGAACAGAGUGCGCUGUACGCGAACUAUGGCUACGGAUCCCAGACCAAUUGGCAGCGACAGCAACAACAGCAGCAGCAGCAACAGCAGCAGCAACAACAGCAGCAGCAGCAGGCUUACCACCCUCCGCCCAUGGUUCAACAGCCGCCUCCACCGAGCCAGCCGGGUUAUAAUCCCUAUCAACCAGCGGGGGCGUAUGCACAACCCUAUAUUCCCCAACCUGGCCCGCCUCCCCAACCUAUGAUUCAGCCUAGCUAUCCUCAUCCAUCCGCGCAACCUCAGCAGAUUUUCGCGCCGCAGAUUGCGCCACAUCAGCCUCCACACCAGCAACCGACGCAACCUCGUUACCAUGCGUCACCGCAGAACUUACCGCCAGCAAAACGACAAAGGUUCGAUGGUCCGAAUAAUCACAAUCGUCAUCAUCACAACCAACAUCAUCAACCGCCGCCACAGCCUCAGUUCCAACCUCCUCCUGCUCCUCCUCACAACACAGGCAAUUUUUCUGGACCGAAUCGCAGCGGGUUGCCUUCUGGGCCUGGAAAUAGAGGUGGGAUACCAAGUGGUCCGGGAGGUCGAGGAGGUGGUGGGGCUAGUGGACGAGAGGCCGUGGAGGAAGCUUCGUUGCAGGAGGCCGACCAACUGGUCCUGGAGGAAAUCAACCUCAUGGUCCGGCCCGGGGUCAAGGUUCACGCAACUUCGGAAACAAAGAUUUUCACAAUCGCCGGGGGGGUGGAGGAGGAUCGUUCAACGCAGGUUCUGGAAAUACGGGGUAUUCGCACCAAGGGCCGUCUUUCCGGGGUCGAAAUCAAGGGCAUGCAGGAUCUAACAGAGGAGAUUGUUGGCCUGUCGAUACCCGACCUGGGAUGGACUUGGGGUACGAUUCCGUCUUCCUCUCCUGUGAAGACGGAAGAGACUGGCAACAAUGCGAAUGGAUCCGGGCCUUCCGUGAUUCCUGUUAAGAAAGAAGCUCUCGAGGAGAAAUCACCCGGGCUUGCCAAUUUUGAAGCGGAGGGAGGCUCUGCGGAGGUCAAAAUAGAACCUGCUCAGGACGUUCCGUUGACGGAGGCAGAGAUAGCGGAUGCCAAACCGGCGCCGGAUACCAACGUUAAUCCUCCUCCUUCGCGCAUUCGCAUUUAUUUUCAUACUCCUGUCACUGCUGAUGAUUCUCGUCCCAUACCCCAUAAUGCUUCUUAUGGGGAGGUUUCCUCGGACGCCAGGAAAGGAAAGAGGAAGAAAACGGAAGACGAUGAUGGAGACGUGGACGAGAGGCGGGCACCACCCCCUCCCCCGCAGAUGGGGAUUUCAAAUGACGACCGCUCCAGUGUCGCUGCUAGUGUUGCUCCCAGUAUUGCGGAGACGGCGAGUGAAGCUGAUUGGUUGAUGGCUGCAAUUGUGGAAGGCGAGGAGGAGGCAGAAGCGGCUAGUGCGCUUCAGACUGUGGAGGAAGACGACCAAGAUGCCCUGCAUGACCAUGACGCUGAGCAUGACAUGGCCGAGGGCGGUGACGACGAUGCUCCCCACGACGUGGAUGAGACGUUGUUUGAUGGGACUUCUCAUGAUGACGAUAUGACGGUGAUACGGGGGACUGAACCUGAUGUUUUUGGUCCGGUUGUUGUUGAUGUGGCGGAUGCUAGUGCUCCAGCCAGCGUUGCUCAGGAAUUGCCCUUGAACGCUGUUGGAUCCACGACAGUGGAUGGCGAGCGCAAAACCAGCCCGAAUGGCACCUCGGCUCACGAGCAACAUAUAGGCGAUGCAGACACCGCUCCUCAGGGGGGUUCUGCUUCUGUUUCCGUUGCUGCGCCGUCUUCUCAAAGUGAUGCCUUACCUUUUGAACCUGCUGCUGAUGGCUCUGCUAACCACACUGUCCCCAUUGAAACACAGGCUUUGCAAGAUUCUUCUCAGCAAUCGCAGACAAGAUCACUUCAGUCUAUCUUGAACGAACCAACUCUUUUGGACGUUGAGACCCAAGAGGCCACACAACCAGAUGGCAACCAGGAAGACUCUACCCAAAUCAUUCAACCAGAACACUUGCCCGAGCCUCCUGCAUCUCCUUCUACCAUCGCUCAUGAGGACUCUAGCUCGGGCCCAGCCACCAACGUUGACUCCACGGCUGACAAGACGCCAUCAGCCAAUCGUUUGUCCAUUUCUUAUGCUCGUGGUAAUCGUCGACUCGUGGUCGACGCCGAGGUUGUUAACUACCUGAAGCUAUACCGUCAAGAGGGUCGCAUCGAAGUCGCAAUCAAAAUGACAAAGGACAAACAAGACACUCUGAAGGGUGUAUUGAUGGAAGGACUUUCAGAAGUCACCAAGUCCUACUCACCUUUACUUGAUGCGAAGGAUGGAUCUCUUGAGUCUGACCCUACUGUUCCUCCUUUCUGGAGGACGACGAUCCCUCCAACAGUACAGCUUCUUGUGUACCUCGAUACUGCACGACCAUUGUCCGAACCAAAGUGGGCAAAAACUGGCGACGUUCAAGAUUGGCUCAAAAGCAUGUUCGGCCGCAUGUUCUGGGUUGCAGGCGAUGCUGCGGAAGGCUGGGAGAAGAAAAUCCAAGUUGCGGAUCCUGACCCGCCUCCAACCAUAUGGACCGUCCUUGACGGCUGGGUCACCAAUUCGCCCGUCGGCCAAUUGAACGAGCGGCAAAGAUUCUUGAAGACGCACAUGACGGAUAUCGACAACAUCCUGGAAAUUCUGCUCCGGCUCGUUCGUGGUGAACGAGCGACGCCAUUCUCUCAGUCGACUCCAACCAUUUCUGCUCCAAGCGUUUCUGGUCCCCUCCUAUCGGCGUUCCAGGGGUCGUCUCACGGUGCUCAGCAAACACACGUCUCAUUGGCCGUCCUGGCGGUGUUCAGACUAACUACAGAGUAUGCAACAAAGGCUUCCGGUGACAAAGGUAAGGUUGAAGCAGAAGAACGCGUUGGAGAGAUAAUCAGGUAUCUUCCGUCACAUCUGAUUUACAAGAGCCUGGAUGGCAUCUUCAAGGAAUGGCGUGUCGAGAAAAAGGGACGGUAG